AUGGGGAACACGCUGACCUGUUGCGUGUCCCCCAAUGCCAGCCCCAAGCUAGGCCGUCGCACGGGGCCGGCGGAGCCGGACUACGAGUCUGAGCUCUAUGAGGCGGCGGCUGGGGACGCAGUGGCGGUGGCCGUAGCGCCGGCGCCCGCUGCCGUGGAGCCCGCCGAGUUAGAUUUUGGAGCCGGCGAGGGCCACCACCUGCAGCACAUCAGUGACCGCGAGAUGCCGGAAGAUUUAGCUUUGGAAUCAAACCCUUCUGACCAUCCAAGGGCAAGCACAAUUUUCCUGAGCAAAUCUCAGACAGAUGUGCGUGAAAAGAGGAAGAGCAACCAUUUAAACCAUGUAUCUCCAGGGCAGCUUACUAAAAAGUAUAGCUCAUGCUCAACAAUAUUUCUAGAUGACAGCACAGUCAGCCAGCCUAAUCUUAGAACCACAAUAAAAUGUGUGACCUUAGCAAUAUAUUACCACAUAAAGAACAGAGAUGCAAAUAGAUCCCUGGAUAUAUUUGAUGAGAGAUCACAUCCACUCACACGAGAAAAGGUUCCAGAGGAAUACUUUAAGCAUGACCCUGAACACAAAUUUAUUUACAGAUUUGUUCGUACUCUUUUUAGUGCUGCACAACUAACAGCUGAAUGUGCAAUAGUAACGUUGGUCUACUUAGAAAGGCUUUUAACUUAUGCUGAGAUCGACAUUUGUCCCACCAACUGGAAAAGAAUCGUUUUGGGAGCCAUUCUUCUUGCCUCCAAGGUUUGGGACGAUCAGGCUGUAUGGAAUGUGGACUACUGCCAAAUCCUCAAGGACAUUACAGUUGAGGACAUGAAUGAGAUGGAAAGGCAUUUCUUGGAGCUACUCCAGUUUAAUAUUAAUGUUCCUGCCAGUGUUUAUGCCAAAUACUACUUUGACCUUCGCUCCUUAGCCGAUGACAACAACCUGAAUUUUCUGUUUGCUCCUCUCAGCAAAGAAAGAGCACAAAACCUAGAGGCCAUUUCAAGAUUGUGUGAAGACAAAUACAAAGACUUAUGUAGAGCUGCUAUGAGAAGGUCUUUCAGCGCUGAUAAUUUCAUUGGUAUUCAGCGCUCUAAUGCUAUCCUCUCUUAAAAGGGAGAAUUGAGGGGUAAUAACAUCAUAAGCCUCUCAUCUACAAAGACUGGAUGAAAUAUCAUCACUCCUGCUCAAAAACCAGCAAAGUUUUAGUAUUUUCAUCAGAAGGAAAGACCUCGAAUUCAAGAGACUCAUGGACAAUGACAGUUGCACUCCAUAGGAAAGAAUGGGACCUUGUCAAAGCAACAAACACACUUUUUGUCCUUUUUAAUGUAAACAGAGUUAACAAAAACCACUCCAAAGCAAAAGCUCUCAACCCACAUGCAGAUAUUUGCUUACUGUGUAGGCCAAUAGCUGUGAACUAUGUGAGGUUUUUUAAUUAAUCAUUUAAAUGUUUAGACUUUUAAAGACACUAACCAUAUAACUUUUUGUUUUUUCUGUUUUUCUUCCCCUUCUCCAUUGCUGCAUAUGCCUUCAGAAUUGAUGCAGUAUUACCAUUAAAACAUGGUACUCUUAUUUUUAAUUUUUUUUUUUUGUGGUGCUGGGGCUCAAAGCCAGGGCCUAGCAUGUGCUAAAAAUGCACUGGCCCACCCCCAGCCCACUUAACACUCAUGAAGCCACUUAGGAGCAACCUGUAGCAUUUUUAGGUAUUGAAGGUUCUUCCUUCCCACUGUAUCAUAUCAUUGAAGCUGCUAGUCAUUAUUGGCAAUCAGUUUAAACCAAAAAGCUACUGGAUAACACUUGCCAUUCAUGUAUUUUGCAGGCACUACUUAUUAGCAUUUUGGCAUGUUUGGGGUCAUAAAGAGAACGUAUCACCUAUUGACUACCUACUUCUGUUGGGUCCACACUGCAUUUUUUUUUUGUGUGUGAACUAUUAAUGGUGCUUCUUACUUUCUGAUAAUUUUCCUCUUAUUAAGUAAAUGUAUUAAAAAGAUAUUUUCAUAAUGCGCCAACAUGGUGGUCCAAUGAUAACUGAGCAGAUAAAGACCAGGUGUCCUGAAGGUUUUAUUGCAAUUUUAAGUUUUGGUGACUAUGUCCUGCCGUAAAAGUGUAAAAACUACAAACUCUUUCAAAACAUCAUUUGAAAGUUUAAUUACAUUUCUUUUAAACUUAAUUUCAUAAAUUUGGAAUGUUGAGCUCUUCAAUUUUUUGUUAGCGGUCCCUCUUGAAGAUGGCAAACAUUGACUGGAACAAAAAAAUUGAAAGCUCAAUAUUUUUGCAAAAUUAAGUUUAAGAGAAAUGUAAUUUAACUUUCAAAUGAUGUUCUGAAGUUUGUAGAAUUUAUACUUCUACAGGUGUCAAAGCUUAAAAUUGCACUGAAAUUUGUGGAGAUAAAUAAUAAAGGUUAAAAAAUUUAAAAAAGGUACCCUCCUCUUUUUAAAGUAGUUUUAUGCAGGAUUGUGUUGUAUCUGCUUUGAUCACCUAAAUUUCUUUUCUAUAGAUUUGGUAAAGGAAGAUUAUGAAAGAGGAGUGUUAAUUCACAUGUAAUAAAUGAAAAGAAAUUGGACCCUAAUAGCAGGUGAUAUGAAAGUUCUUAUUCAUUUUUAUUUUUAAUCCUAAGUGUUAACCUGGUUGUAGGUAUCUCAUUUCAAGUCCUGCUAUAUAUAAGAGAGAACUUACACGAACCUUAGGAACCCUUACUUCAGGCAAGGAGUAAAUAUAAGAGGUUGAUAACAAUGUCACCUAAAUUUGAAAUAUAAAACGAUUAGUGUUCUAAACUAUGUGAAAUCCAUUUCUCUACUUAAAAGUAAUCCUAGGAAUCUUGCACUUAUGAGCCAGGAAUACUCUUUCUCAAUAUAGCAAUGCUUCACGUUAUACUGAGUGCUGCAGGUUCCAUCAUUUUUAAAGGACAGACAUAAGUGAUAAAUAAUGGUAUUUGAAAUAUUACAAUCUACCACCUCAAGAAAAAAAAAUUGUUUAUGGAGUUCAGAGCUUGGAGAUUCAAGUAUUGAUUGCAGUUUUAUUUUGAAAAGAAUGCUACAACUUAUGUGGUUUUUAUUUCUCAUGUUUAUAUUAAAA